UGUCAGCAGGCGGCAUGCUGGUGCUUCUCGUUUCAUGGAGUGUCUUGUCCAUCGGACUGGCAUCCCACAUGCAGGGUGGGAUCAUGACAUUCACGCCGAAAGGGAGGAAUCGGGACGGCACAUAUCGGGUUGAUUUUCGAUACAAAGAAUCUUUCCGAAGUAAUUGUCAUCAAGAGUUUUACUGGGGUUGCAACAGCGGAAACUGCGGCUACACGAGAGAACUCCAAUACGGGCAAAUAGACAGCAGCCCGCUGGGGGACACCUGGUGUCAGGCUGAAGGGUUCAUGUCAAAAAGCGUCCCCAGUGACAAGCCGUUUGAUCUGAGAGAAACCAGCUGCUGUUGGGUCUACAAUACAAAUUGGACCCCAAGCUGGAUACUUUCAACUCACGUGGACCUGGGCGUCAGAUCCGACACUAGAAAUCCCAACAGAUCUCCAGUCACAACACUCCCUCCAAGGCUAAGGGUCCCACAAAACUGCCCCACCACCUACUCACUGCUGGCUCAUGACCCUGAUGGUGACCUCGUGAAAUGCAGAUAUGGACAAUCAUACAAUAGUGAGUGCUACACCUGUGCUCAGCAAGCUGGCUUUGGACUAAAUGAGAUUUCUUGCGAACUUUCUUACUAUGGCACACAAACUGGGGUGUACAUAUUCGAACUCGUCAUGGAAGAUUUUCCGCAGCAGUACAUUCAGUUACAAUACAGUGAUGGCUCGUCAGUGGGCAAAGCCCCCCUUUACUUAGUCAGGAGACUUAAAAAAAGUUCAAGAACAUCUUCUUAUGCAACAACCUCAAGCAACUGGGGGGGGUGGAAUGGACAAUUAACAACAGCAGCUCCAUUCAACUGGGGGGGGUGGAAUGGACAAUCCUCAACAGCAGUUCCUUAUACAACAACUCCAAGCCCCUGGUGGUGGACAACAACAACAGCAGCUCCUAAUACAACAACUCCAAGCCCCUGGUGGUGGUGGGGGGUUUGGAACGGACAACCCUCAACAGCAGUUCCUUAUACAACAACUCCAAGCACCUGGUGGUGGACAACAACAACAGCAGCUCCUAAUACAACAACUCCAAGCCCCUGGUGGUGGACAACAACAACAGCAGCUCCUAAUACAACAACUCCAAGCCCCUGGUGGUGGUGGUGGGGGUGGAAUGGACAACCCUCAACAGCAGUUCCUUAUGUAACAGCUUCAACUACUUAUACAAUCAGCCAAGGUGGUUGGAAUUCUACCACCCAAACAUCAACAUACUUUUCUUACACACAACUUACAAACCAAGACCCACUAAGUAAAAUACCCGUCCAGUUCCUCGUGGAAGUUACCUCUUCAGUCCCCAGCUGCAACUUCGGGGAUUACAGACCUCAGUAUCUGAGCCCUACGCCUCCCCACGGACAAAUUAAAAAAGCCUCCGUCAAUCAUCAGUUUCAGUUCAUCGUCAGAGCACAAGCAUCAUACGCUGUCAUACAGAACAUCAUGAUCAGUGGCCCACUGAAUAUAACAAAAUCAUACCAGUAUGAUAGCCAGACACAAACUGGAAAAGCAGUGGUGACAUGGACACCUUCUGAAAAUAACCUAGGCGAGUCCGUCCCCAUUUGUUUCUUUGCUGAGACUCAGGAAGGGUACCAGUCUGAGCUGAGAUGCAUUGUAGUGACAGUAGGAAGACGUAACUCUCUUCCAAUGAAUAUUGAGACCAGCAUUGUGUGCACCAAGACAACGAUGUCCGUGUUUGUCCUGAAGUCUUCGGCCCCGGGCCUUAAUGAACAUUACAUGCGACUUAAUGACCCCCGUUGUUCACUGACAUCAAACUCAACACAUCUGAUCGCGAGUGUGUCUCUGAACUCCUGUGGUACUCGUUAUCAGGAAAAUGAUACAGAGAUCAUUUUCGAGAAUGAGAUUACAACAUUUGAUCAUUUCAAUCAAGUCAUAAGCAGAAAAAACCAGGUCGAGAUUCCUUUCAGUUGUUCUUACCCUAAAAUAGGGAAAGCAUCUGCUUCCUUCUCUCCUCACAAAGCCAACUACGUGUUCUCUGAAGCCGGCUUUGGCUCCUUCACCUUCCUGUUUGAAUUUUAUGAGAGCAGCGACUUCAGAAGCAUCAUCGACCCCAGCGAGUACCCGAUUGAAGUGGAACUUGGGGAGAUGUUGUAUAUGGGAAUCAGUGUGGACUCGCCGCUUGACAACAUCACGUUGUUUGUUCAGGACUGUAGAGCCACGCCUCAUGACGACCCCAAUGAUCCAACCUACUAUGACAUCAUUACGGACGGGUGUGUUCAGGAUGACACGACAAUCAUCUUCCCCAGCAACCAGACAGACUUCAGAUUUGGAAUGGCAGCCUUCACUUUUAUCGGGGAUUACAGCCAGGUAUACAUGACCUGUACGGUCAUUGUGUGUAUUGCUGCAAGUCCCGGAACCCGAUGCUCUCAGGGCUGUGUUAACAGCACAUCUACUGUGCACAGAUUCAGGAGAUCAUUGGCCUCAGAAAGCCAGGAGCACUUCAUCUCUCAAGGACCACUCUACCUUUCAAAAAAGAACAAUAAUCAAGUCAGUUUGAAUCCAAACACUCUCGUCAUUGUGAUGGGCUUCAUUGCAGCUGUGGCCAUUGUGGCCUCUGUGGUCGGGGUUGUGAUUUAUAAGAUAAAAAUGUCAAAAGUGGUCCGAUACGAACGUCUUUCUGCUUCAGAGAUCUGAGCAUCUUUAGAAUGAGGUGUCUCCUCAGUGGAUUUGGCCGAAAAGAGGAGAAAUUACCGGGAAGAGGCCAUAACUGCAUUUCUGAAAUAUAGCUAUUGACCUUAUAUAUGGUGGGGAGAAUCAAAGUCAGAUUGAGGUGGCUUUGAAAACCACAGUUAGAUUACUUUUGAUUAUUUUUUGCUUUAAAAUCUGCAGGAGUCCAUUCACAAAGAGUAAAAUACUGAUAGCAAGUGCUCCACUUUCAAAACCUAAUAUUGUCAUUAAAUUGGAAAUUUAAGGAGCGAUAAAUUUAUUAGUUUCAAGAUUCAUCCCUCGCAUUAGGAUGUUUGUUGUUUUAAUCGUCUCAAUGCAUUCAAAGAAAAUAAGAGCAGGUUGUGGUCGGAAAAAAAGAAGAGAAAAAUUGUGAACAGAUGUGGAGCUGACUGACCCUUUGAGAACUUUUACUUUUCAGUUGCUUUGUCUGUGGCAGUCCAAAACUUAAUCCUGCACCUCGGGUGUCUG